AUGGGAGAUCAACCAUUGACCAAAGCAGAUUUUCAGGGUUUUACCGUGGCUCUAACCUCGGCCCUAACUGCUUUGACUAAUCAGAUGAAAGUUUUAACCAAUCAGACGGAAGCUUUAACCAACAAGGUUAUCAAAGCCGGACAAAGAGAAAGGAGAGGAGAACGAAUUAGGGUUCUACAUGUUCAAGACAAUAGUGUCGAAUUUAGCAAUCACAUGAACAUGCUAAUCGAUAGAUUGAAGAUAGCCGGCAAAAGUCAGAAAAUAGACAAAGAAGGAGAUUCAAUUAGGGUUCCAAGAGAUGAAAACAAUUGUGUUGUUGUUAUUGAAAACCCUAGUUCUCUUGAAGAAGACUUUGUAGAGAAAGAGAUUGAUCAACAGAAUCUGCAUGAUAAUAAUGCUUUUCACACUAAGGCAGAUAUUUCAUUAUCCUAUGAAAUCCCAGAAGUGGAGAAGACAGAAGUUCCAGAAGGAGUGCUAGUGAUCUACAAAGAUUUUAAGAAACUGAUUGCAGAUGAACAAGGGAAGAAAAAGAUUGAUGUUGGCAAGCAGAAGGGAACCAAAGUUUUCAAAGAGGAUGAUGAUUUAAUUGUGUUCCUCCAUAACAAGAAGUUUCAAGUUGUUACAUACAACAAAGCACAACCUAGCAACUAUGGUCAGCCUUUUAAAGAAGAUGUGAUUAUUUAUCCAGAAAAGAAUUUGAGGAAUAAUAAGCUCCAACCUAGCAAAUAUGGUCCUUUCAAGGUGUUGCGGAAAAUCAAUGAUGAUGUUUAUGUAGUGGCUCUCCAGUUUCUAAGACUUUCAAUGUGGUUGGCAUUCAUGAGUACCAUUCAUAUGAGAUUCUUAAUCUAG